AUGGGAACAAACAACGAAAAAGUGUCUAUAAUUGGAGUGAAUUCGUGGGGUCAGGCGUUGAGAUUAAAUAUUGAUUGGAAACCUCAGUCUUCCAACACGUCUUCAAUUGGAGUGAGUUUUCACUUCGAAGACGGAAAGGGAGGCAUAUAUGAGAUGAAUGAGCAAAAUCUGGUUCCGUAUGACAAACAUAAACGGGAAUAUAAAGCGCCGGGAAUUUCGUUAGAAGUAUUGAAUCCAUUCCGACGCUUAAGAAUCAAAUUUAGAGGAUAUCUAACAAAAAGCGGAUCAAAUGAAGUCGUUUUUGUCAAAAUGAGACUCUUGUGGAUCGCAAUCUCCAAUGUGUUUGACUUUGAAUGCGAUCACAACAAAGAUUUCAUUGAAUGUGAUCUUAAAAAUAAUUCAAAAUUCAAAUCAAUGGAUGAAAUAAAGUUUGAGAAUAGAUUUGAACAAAUGGGACAAAUGAAGGGCACGUUUCAAGUGGACCAUCAAAAUGAAGAGAAAUUGUUUUUGUGGGGAAAUAAGAGUAAAAAGUAUACCGAAGAAAAUAAUGGCCGAAAGAUUUCUCGUCUAUUCGGUUAUUCAAAGAAAGGAUGGGUGUUUCACAUCGGAUCUGUUGUGGAUCCGUCACAGGGAAUCAAUGGAUUUGAAGGGAAAGCUGUGUUCAUGAGUGAAGAUGAAGAUAAUUAUUUGGACAUUGAAAAUAUAGACAACAAUCUAUACUUUCCGUACGCAAACACAACCAAUGAAUUAGUAUUGUCUCUAAACGAUAGAAAAGCAGAAAAUGUGUUAACAAGUGGUGGAAAGGGCUCGUCAUUGGCUUCACUCAACCACUUGAGUGCAAAACUCAAGAAUUCAAUUGAUAUCAGAAUUCCUAAAGGAAUUGUCGUCACUUGUAGUGCAUAUAAAUUGUUUGUUAAACACAACAAACAAAUCGAUAGUUGUAUUCAAAAGUUAAAGAGCGCUGUCGGCAAACCCGAUAUACUUCAGAAAGAGUGCAGUAAUGUUGUGAAUGCAAUCAAAAGUUCACAAUUACCGGUGGAAAUUAAAAAUAAUAUCCGCUCACAACUCGAUAUACUCUACGCUAACAAUGAUUUCAACGGCCAGUCUUUCGCCGUCCGCUCGUCUGCCGCCGGAGAGGACUCGGAGGAGAUGUCAGCCGCCGGUCAGAUGACCACAUAUUUGGGAGUCAGAGGAUUGGAUGAAAUAUACGAUGCGGUGCUUAAGUGCUGGUCCUCUCAGUUCGACUUCAUUGCCGUUGAAUACAAGCGCGGAUACGGACAGGACGUGGACUCAAUGAUGGCGGUUGUCAUUCAAGAGAUGGUUGACUGCGAUUCUGCUGGCGUUCUCUUUACUUGCGAUCCCGUGUCCGGAGACGAGACAGAGAUUAUAAUUACCGGCAAUUAUGGCAUUGGAGAGAGUGUUGUGUCCGCGAUGUCAGAGCCCGACACUAUUAGAGUGGCCCUCAAUAUUACAGAUAAUUCAUUCAAUAGCCGUACAGUUAAAGGCAUUAAAUCCAUAUCUAUUGGAAGUAAAGCUAAAGCCAUUAAAAUGAAUACUUCUGGCAGUGGGACAUUUUUCGGAAGCGUUCGCGAUAUAGAGUGGGGUAUUAAAGACGACCAAAUUGUGAUACUUCAGUCCCGACCCGUCACUAAUCUGGACACAGUCGAGAAGAGCCAUAUCUCCAGUCUUAAAGAUAUGACAAGCGUUGGUCACACCCACCAAACACGGGAGACCGUACUCACGGGCUAUGACAGCGCCGUGCGAUACCAGACCACCGAUCUCUGUGGCGAUUCCACCAAUCAUUGGGAAAUAAGGAGACCAACCGAUGUCUGUGCUGUACGUCACCAGAAUAUCGCCCGCCUUUACGUUUAA